AUGGGAGACGAUGGUUUCCAGAUAGCGGCCUCUUGUCAUUUGAUCUCUAACCUCAAACGUCAUGUUAUUUCCAUAAUUCUCCUCAUCAGACAUAAGCUGCAAUUUGACGAUGUCCUGAGGUUUCUGAACCAGCCCGUGGGAGUGGACGAUGGGCAGCUGUCUCUCUUUCCAGAGAUCCCCAACAUAUCCCUGGGAAGCGAGGGUUUUACGGACCCUUUUGAAGCAUCACCUCUCGGCUUCCCUUCCACAAUCAGUUUUGUGGACAUAAAACAUGAGGUGACCUUUAAACCUGUCCACCCUGAAGAAGCCCGGGGUGAUCAGUUUGAAAUAGUCACCCCCAAUCCUAUUGAGGAGGCACAAGAAGGAAGCCGUGGAGAUGCUGAGACUGCCACUACUUUUGACUAUGGAUCUAUCGAGGUGCACACAAAGGCCAAUUACGACUACUCCUCCUCUACUGACGCUGAACGGCUGCCAGACGUCAGCCAUGACACGACCACCACACAAACUUUCACUGCGACGCCCAUCACUUCUCCCGGUUACGUCUCGUCCCGUGUAUCUAUCACAAAAGUACAGCCCACGUACGAGGACAUGGAAGGAUCUGGCAACAAGGGGGCAGAUGAUUCCUCGCUUGACGGUUCUGGAAGCGGUGCGUUUCCCACUGCUAAUGUACUAGACGUAAGGACGGAUGAGAACGAAAUGGGUGGAGUUGAAUUGACCACCUUUCCCCCUGAUUUGACCACCACAAGCUCUGGCAUCGAAGUCAAAACAGAUGAAUUUGAAGGAUCCGCAUCGGGGGAAGUUGAGGCAUCAGGGCAGGACAGCUACCCCCCAGACCUGCAUAGAUCUACAAGCUUUCACAACGACUACAAAGAUUACCCCAGAGAGGAUGGGCCACGUUUGGUGUCCCGGCCUGAGAUCGCAGCAGAAACAGCCGCCAUCGAGCAGCCAGAAGCAGUCACCUACCCGGCCUUUUCUGUGGAAGCCAGCACUGUCAAUUUUAGAGAUCUGCUGCCAUGUGCUGAAAGUGUGUGUUUCAAUGGAGGCUCCUGCUACAGACAAGCAUCUGAAAACCUGUGCGUGUGUGCACCUGGCUACAGUGGCCCGCGCUGUGAUACCGAAGUCGAUGAGUGCCAGUCCAACCCCUGUUUGAACGGAGCCACCUGUCUGGAUGGAAUCAACUCCUUCACCUGCCUCUGCCUGCCCAGCUAUGCAGGGGAACUGUGUGAGCAAGACACAGAGGUGUGUGGCUUUGGAUGGCAGAAGUUCCAGUCUCAUUGCUACAAGUACUUCACUCAUCGUCGGACCUGGGACUCUGCGGAGAGAGAGUGUCGGCUUCACGGCGCACACCUCACCAGCAUCCUGUCUCACGAAGAGCAGCUUUAUGUCAACCGACUGGGCAGUGAUUACCAGUGGAUAGGCCUGAAUGACAAGAUGUUUGAGAGAGACUUCAGAUGGACCGACGGCAGACCGAUGCAAUAUGACCACUGGAGGCCCAACCAGCCAGACAGCUUUUUCCAGUCGGGGGAGGACUGUGUGGUGAUGAUCUGGCAUGAGGAUGGACAGUGGAACGAUGUACCGUGCAACUAUCACUUGACCUUCACAUGCAAGAAGGGAACAGUCGCAUGUGACCAGCCUCCUGUUGUGAAGGACGCUCGAGUGUUUGGGGCCACGAAGCCUCGCUAUGAGAGCAACACACUGGUGCGUUAUCAUUGUAACCCAGGCUUCAUCCAGAGACACAUGCCCACCAUACGUUGCCGGGCCAACGGCCAGUGGGACGCCCCCAGAGUCACCUGCAUCACCCCCUCCGUUUACCACAAGGCGCUGAGUGUAAAGCACCGCAGCAAAGAACCCCAUCAGCCGCAGAACAGGCACCACGUCCACCUCACGCAGACUCAGGGGAAAUACAGCCAGGACCAACGGGACAAUUACGGCCUCUUUCAGCGCGUCUGGAAUCCGUUCCAACAGCUGCUUCAUAAACAGAAUGACCAGCAGAGGCCUUGA